GAGCGAACAUGGCUGCGCCCACAGGACCGAGAGGAUCAUCAGCCUCCAACCCGCCCGGGUUUGAAGGUUUUCCGUUUGCGGUCGGUGGCAGACCACCGGAAGACAGGUCCGGUAAAGACCAGGAGCAGACCGGGGAGGUGAAAAAGAAGCCAUGCAGGGCUUGUACGGACUUUAAAUCGUGGAUGAAGCUCCAGAAGAAACAGGCGACAGCUGCUGCACAGCAGUUACACUCUGCAGAGUCAGAGCCAAGAGAAGACCCACAAUGUCCACUGGACAGGGAAGAGCUGGGACGUAGCACCUGGUCCUUCCUACACACCAUGGCAGCGUAUUACCCCGACCAUCCAUCUUCACCCCAGCAGCAAGAGAUGGGACAGUUCAUCAACCUCUUCUCUAAGUUCUUCCCCUGUGAUGAAUGUGCAGAAGACCUCAGAGGAAGAUUAAAAACCAAUCAGCCGGACACCAGCAGUCGCCAUGCUCUCUCUCAGUGGCUCUGUCGACUCCAUAAUGACAUCAAUGUCCGGCUGGGGAAGACUGAGUUUGACUGCUCCCGUGUGGAUGAGAGAUGGAGAGACGGAUGGAAAGAUGGUUCCUGCCGACUGAAGGAUUGUGUGGAGAAAUUCUGCUGAGAGAUGAGAAAGACCUGGGAGGAGAAAUUCUCCCUGUCAGUAUAAAACUUUGGUGGAAAGUGGAGCACACAUCUUUGUUGUGGAGAGACUAUGUGUGAUGAGAGAUGUGUGGUAAAUGUCAAACAGCUUUGUCUUCUAUUGUAGUUAGUUAAUGUAACUGACCUGGUAAUAAAACUUAAAGAAACAAAACAAAUAA